AAUAGUAGAAAUAGUGGGACGCUUGGAGCCAUUAGAUACCUCCUCCAAAGUCCAAACUCCACAGCCAAAUCACUAAUCAGAUCGCAUACAUCUCUGCUGCUUUUGCUCAUCUUACUUCCUAUUUAGUCUUUUAAGUACUUUUUCUUCUUCUUUUGCGGAGGAUAAAGGAGGAAGAGGAGGAGCGACGAAUCAUGGCUUGGUCCUUCACCCCAAAGCACACAUCUCUGACGGCCUUUGCCGCCUGUCUCAUCUUUGUUUGUUCAGUUUCGACCCACACGGCUGCCGACCAUGCACUGACGGCAUACCAAGUCCUCCAGGGAUAUGGCUUCCCGGUGGGUAUCCUCCCAAAGGGUAUUCUGGGCUACGAUCUGGAUACAUCCACCGGAAAAUUCUCGGCCUACCUGAAUGGUACUUGUGCUUUCUCCCUUGAGGGUUCCUACAAGCUCAGGUACAAAUCCACCAUCACCGGCGUUAUCUCGCAGAACAAACUCAGGAACCUCAAGGGCGUGAGCGUGAAGGUGCUUUUUCUGUGGCUCGACAUUAUUGAGGUUACUCGGAGUGGCGACAAGCUCGACUUCUCGGUGGGGAUCGCUUCUGCUGAUUUCGAUAUCGAUAACUUUGUGGAGAGUCCGCAGUGCGGCUGCGGAUUUGACUGCGUCACUGCUCAGGUUGAGCAAGCAAGCAAGAUCAGAGUUAACCGAUUUGUUUCUUCUUCCUAGUUCACGGAUGGGAGAUUCUCUCCCUGUGGAGGCAAGUUUUUCUUUUUCUUAAUUGUGGUCAGUGGGAUAAAACAUAAUUUUCACUUCAUCUCUAUCUGUAGUUGAGUUUGACAUGCACGGUAGAUAAAAGCUCCUUGAAAACAGGUGUUUAGCUCUGAGCAGCUUAACCAA